AUGAAGUUCUUACCUUCCCUUAUUAUCUUCAGUCUUUCUGCCUUGGCUCCUGCGAGCUCUUACAUCGAUCACUAUAUUACUAAGAACCGGCCCGAUCCUCCUUCUGAUCCUCCUCAUGGUUAUAAGUCGGUUAUCGACGUUAUCGCCGAACGUAUGAAGACGCUCAAUUACCAUAUUGAUGAUUAUCACGGCGGUCCUGCCACAUUCCUUCUUACUGGCCCUCGAGAGAUUAUCCAAGCUAUUAAGGAUGGGAUUCAGAAAUUCCGACGUCAGGUUUCCCUUGACGAGCAUGAUGCCAAUCUACUUGUUGCCUAUAUUGAGAAGACUUUAAAGCCUCCGGUUCAAUGGGUCAUUGAGGCUCUUAUCGAAAAGGAGAAGCCUCUUGUUGCUCGCGGUUUUCGUUCUCAGGUUCUACAGAGUCUUCAGAAUAUGAAAAACCCUGUUGAACAACUCCGUGAUAUAAUCUCCCGGAAGAUUAUCCAAAGCGCCCAGAAGCAGUAUUUUACAAAAGAAUUUAAUAAUAUAACCAUCAAGGUCAUCCAGCAAGGUAUUGAUGCCUUCGAUAACUUUAUCCAUUGCGUCACAAUACCUACCAUGCCCCCUGGCGGUGCAAUAGCGACCAAUAAUUCGCCUGCCGUCCCUACUUUCACUGGUGCAGCUUAG